AAAUGCAAAGAUGCAUUCACAGUUGCGCAGUUCUUCUGUCAAGUUAACUUGUACCAGACACAUAUUUAAAAAAAUUAUAUCAAAAUGGUUAAACUCGCGUUCUUGGUCUUGUUAAUUGUAUUUUCGAUUGGAGUUUAUUGUGCCCCGAUGGAUGAAGAUUUUCAGGAUCAACUAAUUGAAGGACCUGUACGUGUGAAAAGGGCAACUUGCGACCUUCUGAGCUUUGAAAUAAAAGGAUUUAAAUUGAACGAUUCAGCUUGUGCAGCCCACUGUCUCACCCUAGGAAAGCGAGGAGGUCACUGCAAUGGCAGCAAAGUUUGCGUUUGCCGCAAAUAGAGUUAUGUCCAGUCGUUAUUUAUUUCAUACUCCUUACGGGUGAUAUUUUACUGUGUUACUUUCUUAUAAAUAAAUA